AUGGAGUCGCCCGCACGACCGCUGCGUCGGGCAGCACGCAAAACAAUAGUUUUAGAGGAGGAGUCUGACGAUGAGCUGAGCCUGGUCCAUGAAGCGAGGGACGACGAAUUCACGCCUGCACCUGUGAAAACUCCACGUAGGACAGUGCGUAGACAGACCACAGCCAACACAGACGUCUCACCCAGAAAGAGUGUCCGAACAAGAAAAGCCAGAAGCGGCGACAGCGUCGAACCAUCAAUCAUACUUGAGCACAAUCCGAGCAUCGUGCCCGCCCUUCCAGAGUCAGUAUCACCAACGAAACCAGGACCUUCACGCAAGCGCCAAAGCACCGUUCCAAGAACAAGUCGCAGAAGUUCUGUAGCCCCUCCAACGUCUGCUCUGCCCACUCCAGCCCCGUCUGCCUCUCCCGAAGCCGCUAGCCAGGUGAAAUCGAAGCCACUGGCAGACAUUACCACAAAAGUCCUGAAUCGCAGGCCGGAACCUGUACAGAAUGGCAGGGAUCCUGCGAAGUUGCAGGCACAAAUCCAUACACAAGAGGCUGUCCUCGAAAGACCCAUGGAUAUCGCUCUGCGAGCGAAAGCCGAGGCUGCUACAGCACCCCUGGUCGAAUUGGAUACUAUCCCCAAGUCAAGAAUGGUCAUCAAACAAUUAGUCAUGACCAACUUCAAAAGCUAUGCCGGAAGACAGGUUGUUGGGCCCUUUCACCACUCCUUUUCAUCCGUAGUUGGCCCUAAUGGCUCCGGCAAGUCAAACGUCAUUGACUCAUUGCUGUUCGUGUUUGGCUUCCGAGCCAGCAAAAUGAGACAAGGAAAAAUCUCUGCCCUCAUUCACAACUCGGCUCAGCACCAAAAUCUUGAUUUUUGUGAAGUAGAGGUUCAUUUUCAGGAAGUGGUAGACCUGCCUGGUGGAAAAUGUGACAUCGUGCCCGACUCGACCAUGGUCGUUUCACGCAAAGCUUUCAAGAACAAUUCGAGCAAUUACUACCUCAAUGGCAGGACCACUAAUUUCACAACCGUCACCACUUUACUAAAAGACAGGGGCAUUGAUCUCGAUCACAAGCGUUUCUUAAUCUUGCAGGGCGAAGUUGAAUCUAUCGCUCAGAUGAAGCCAAAAGCUGCAAACGAGCACGAAGACGGUUUGCUCGAGUAUCUUGAAGAUAUCAUUGGCACUUCCAAGUACAAGACUCCUAUCGAAGAAGCAGUCGUCGAACUUGAAAGCUUGAAUGAGAUAUGUGUCGAGAAACAGGCUCGUGUACAGCACGUGGAGAAGGAGAAAAACGCCCUCGAAGACAAGAAGAACAAAGCUAUUGCCUUUAUCCAACAGGAGAAUGAGCUGGCUGAGAAACAAUCGGCCUUGUAUCAAAUCUACCUUGCAGAAUGUGCCGACAACGUGCAGGUCACCGAGGAGGCCAUCACGCAGAUGCAGGCACAUCUUGACGCGGAGCUGGAGAAACACACUGGUAAUGAAUCCAGUAUCAAAGAACUGGAGAAGGAGUACAAAAGGGCCUUCAAACAUUUCGAUGCACUCGAGAAGCAGACCCAAGAUUUUCUGAAAGAGCUGGCUAGGUUUGACAAGGAAAGUGUCAAAUUUGACGAGAAACGCAAGUUCAUUGUCGGCAAGCAGAAGAAAUCAGAGAAAACGAUUACCAGUAGUAGACUGGCCGGCUCGGAGGCGACGAGCCUCGUGCAUAAAUAUACCGAUGACAUUGAGAAGAAGACAAAACAAAUCGAAGAGUUGGAACGCGACGUACGAACAGAAGAAGCGGAGCUUGCCAAAAUUCGAGACGAUUUAAGAGGCAAGACUCAAGGUCUUUCCGAAGAGAUUGCAGUGAAACAGAAAUCGCUCGAACCUUGGCAAGGCAAGAUCAACCAGAAAGAGUCAACCCUUUCCGUGGCUCAGUCCGAACUUGAUAUUUUGCUCGAGCGAGCCAGUGCUGGACAGAAAGCACUCGACGAUGCCAAAAACAGGGCGGAAGAGAUCAAGGCUCAAAAGGCCCAGAAGGAAGGGGAGAUCGAAGAACGACGGCAUGAGUUGAAGCGCCUUCAAAAAGACUGCCGCAAGCUCAACGAUGCCCUUCAGAAACUCGCUAACAGUGAGCCUGAAGUUCGAAAUCAGAUCUCAAGCGCUAGACAGAAGGCCGAAGAAGCAAGAGGUAGUUUGGCUGCCACUCAAAACCAGGGCAACGUACUGAAAGGUCUCUUGCGAUUGCGGGAUUCUGGUAGAGUUGAUGGCUUCCACGGCCGCCUAGGUGACCUCGGUACCAUCGACGAGAAGUACGAUGUUGCUAUAUCGACUGCAUGUGCAUCUCUGGAAAACAUGGUUGUCGACACCGUCGAAGCUGGUCAGCAGUGUAUUGAGUACCUGCGUAAGAACAAUCUGGGUCGUGCGAAUUUCAUCUGUCUUGAUAAGCUAGCGAGGAAGGAUCUGCCACCAAUCGAUACUCCGGAGGACGCCCCUCGUCUCUUCGACCUGAUCAAGACUAAGGACGACAAGUUCAAGCCUGCUUUUUACAGCAUCAUGCACAAUACUUUGGUGGCCAAGGACCUCGAGCAGGCCAAUAGAAUCGCGUAUGGUGCUAGAAGAUGGAGAGUGGUAACACUCGACGGCCAGCUUAUAGAUAUUUCUGGCACGAUGAGUGGUGGCGGCACUCGUGUCGCUCGAGGAGCUAUGUCAUCUAAACAAGUCGCAGAUGUCACCAAAAAUCAGGUCGACGAGCUCGAGGCUGAGCGCGAUGAACUCGAAAGCCAAUUCAAGGCCUUCCUUGACAAGCAAAAGGAGCUUGAACAGACCUUGCGAGAGAAGCAAGAGCAUAUCCCCCAAGUCGGAACAGCUAUCCAAAAGCUGCAACUGGAGAUUGAUGCUUGUGAACGCAAUAAGGCAGACGCUGAGAAGCAAUGCGAUGACCUGGUAAAAGAUUUGGCAGACGCGAAGACUGAUGACUCUGCUAUCAAGGCUCUCCAGAAGCAAAUGGCCGCUACUGCGAAAGAGAUCCAGAAACUUCACGCAGAAACUGCCACGGUCGAGAAGGAGAUACAAGAACUUCAGAACAAAAUUAUGGAGGUUGGUGGUGUUCGGCUGAGAAGCCAAAAAGGCAAAGUUGAUAGUCUGAAAGAACAGAUCAGCCUGUUGACUGAUGAGGUCUCUACAGCUGAGGUGGCCAAAUCGAAGAACGAGAAGCUCAUAAUCAAGCACGAAAAAGCCAAAAAUGAUGCCGAGAAAGAGCUUGCUAACUUGGCCAAAGAUGCUGAAAAGCUUGAAGAAGACAUUCAGCUGCAGCGGUCCGAAGCUGGAGAAGCCAAAGAACGUACCGAACAAGCUCAAGAAGAGCUGGAAACAAAGAAGGACGAAUUGGCGACCAUGAAGAAGGACCUCGAUGAACAAAACGCAGAGCUCAACAAGAGCAGAGCACAAGAGAUUGAGAUGAAGAACAAGCUUGAGGAGAAUCAGAAAAUUCUUGCAGACAACCAGAAGAAGAGCAAGUACUGGACAGAGAAGUUAUCCAAGCUCACUUUGCAUGACAUCAAAGAUCUUGACGUGCCAAUCGCACCGAAACAGAUACCCGAGCAGGAAAUUGCACAGGCUGAAGAACAUGGGCCGAUUAAAGGAGAAAUAGUGCAAGACACAGAGCCAGAGAGGGAUAAUAUGAAUAUUAAUAAUUCAGAAGAAAAUGCUGAGCCACCGGCACAAGAGGAGGAAGAGGAAGACCAGCAAAAUCAGCUUCCACGAUACUCCAGAGACGAACUUGCAGACAUGUCGAAAGAUCAUCUCGUCGCUAUCAUCGCCGCGCUCGAGGAGAAAAUUGCAAAUACCUCGAAUAUCGACCUCGCGGUCAUUGCAGAGUAUCGCAAAAGGUGUCAGGAUCUGGCAGUACGCACAGUCGACCUCAACGGAGCGCUGAAGACACGCGAUUCGGCAAAGAACAGGCUGACAGACCUUCGAACUUUGCGAUUGACACAAUUCAUGACUGGUUUCACAACAAUCUCGCAGCAUCUCAAGCAGAUGUAUCAGCUCAUCACUCUUGGAGGUAACGCCGAGCUCGAAUUAGUCGACAGCUUGGAUCCUUUCUCAGAAGGGAUACUGUUCAGUGUCAUGCCGCCUAAAAAGAGCUGGAAGAACAUUGGCAACUUAUCUGGUGGCGAGAAAACGCUUAGUUCGCUCGCUCUGGUGUUUGCGCUGCAUGUAUACCGACCGACACCGUUGUACGUGAUGGAUGAAAUUGACGCCGCAUUAGAUUUCAGAAACGUAUCGAUUGUUGCAGGCUACAUCAAGGAAAGAACGAAAAAUGCACAAUUCAUCGUCAUUAGUUUGCGAAACAACAUGUUCGAACUCGCUGAACGGCUGAUUGGUAUUUACAAGGUCAAUCAUAUGACGAAAAGUGUUACGGUUGACAACAAAGAUUACAUCCAACGACAGUAG